UCACCUAAGAAGAAAGUUGUUGAUGCCAUUCUUUCCGACUUUUCCGACUGGGAUGAAUCACCCAUAAAACAAGCAACAGCGCCGCCUUCCCAGAACGGCCAGUUACAUCGUUCUGCUGAAAAGGAAAAUUCCGAACUUGACGACUCGUUCGAUGAUCCAGUCAUACCUAAAAAGAGACCUGCUGCCGUACGCGUAGGCAAACCUGAACAACCCAGCGUUGAAACAGCGGAAUUCGACGGAUUCCCUUCGCUUAAUGAUUCGAAAAGUGAAGUUCUCCUGACCGUUCGUGAAGUCAAAAAUGAAGAUGGGUUGGUGGAUUUAGUGUGCGUAAGGGACGAUGGCCAGCAGUCAGUGGUGUACCUUCAGGACCACUGGACUGAGGUGGAUGUAGAGCCAAAUACAAGGAUCAGGCUGAUUGGUGCAAAGCCUUGGGGAGACUCCGACUGGUUGCUCUCAAACGAGCAUGGUAUUAUGAUCGUUGCUCCGGACACUUUGGUACCGUGCACAGCUAUAGCCGGUGCUACGUGGUGCCCUCGUAAGGUUUGUUAUCUCACCGUUAUUCAUAUAUUCAGAAUUGAGCUCAGUAAAAAUCAGGUUAUCCUCAAUGAGCGUUUUCGUGGUCCUACUGAAGCCAACAAGGCCAUGCUUAUCGGAAUCGUUGUGCACGAGUUGUUCCAGGCAGCUCUUCGUUGCCCAACUCCUCGAACUGUUUCUCGUGAUUGGCUGCUUCACAUUUGGCAAACAAGUAUAUGUGACGAAGUCAUUGCACAGUUGGUGGCUCUUCGAUUUACACCAUCGCAAUUCGAAACCGAACUCGAUCCGUAUCUUAGAAAUUAUUGUGGACUGGAUACAGAUCAACAUGCCUGGAGGAAGAUCAUAUCCGAACUCAUCUACAAUUCCCAUCUCAAAGAACUCGAAUGCAAUCGCUUCGAACUGAAAACUGGGAAGAGCGGGCAAUCCUCUGAGCAUUCUGCCCAGGUGAUGCUUUAUUCGCUCAUGCUUUCGUCACGCUACAAGCAGCCCAUUGUAGAGGGUUCUCUGUUAUAUCUGAAGGAUGGAAUAACUCGUAAUGUCAAACCGCGUGCCCUGGAAAUGAAAGGCAUUAUUAGUCAGCGAAAUCGCUUGGCAUCUUACCUUUCGAAAUUGAAGCCUGAUCUGCUGCCUGCGCCCAAAGAUGACCCAAAGUUCUGCGACAGGUGUGACCACGCUUUGGUGUGCUCAUACUAUCAGGUUGCAGUAGAGCCAACGGAUAGGUCGUCUCAUCUGAUGCUAAAUUUUGCCAAAUCAAAAACAGAUCAUCUGUCUGCAAAUCACAUAGAGUACUUCAGAAAGUGGAUUACUUGGAUUUAUUCCGAGUGGUCUGAGGAUAAGGCCAGAAAGGGCAGUUGUUUGGAAGACCUAUGGCAGAAACCUGUGGCAGAAAGGGAAUCAGAAGGCUUUUGCUUAUCAAAUCUUCGUGUAGUGAGCCAUGUGGAUGUCUCGACUGACGGUUACUCCGCUUAUCUUCUCACUUUUGGAGGGAAUUCAAAUGUAGUCGAUUCGGUUUUCGCUCCUGGAAAUAUGUGUAUUGUUUCGACUUCAGCACAACCAGGCAUACUCCUUCGUACCCAUAGUGGAAUCGUCGUGUAA